UGUCGCAGCGGUGUUAGCGGCUUAGUUUAUUGUGGUUGUUAUGUACAGUUCAAAAUAUGUCGAUAAACUAAAUGUACAUACGAUAGACGUUGUCAAACGCUUCAGUAAGGAUAAAAUUCAUUGAUAUAUUCAUUUUUCCAUAGAAUAAUUUGACCCUUUCUGCUCUGGGCUAACAAACUGCAGAGCUAAGCUAACAUUAGCCAAGCUGUCAAGUAGCCAGUUUAACACAGCACUUUCUUGCUAGCUAACUAGCUAGCAAUAGAUUUUAAACGAGAACAACAAAGAAAACGUCGUAAAUACUGUGCCGUUUGUGAAUAUACUUUGUCUUAAAGUCACAUUAUGAAGUGUAUAGCUCUAUUUUAAUCGUAAACUACCAGUAGUUUGUCCGUUUUUAGAUUAUGUCAGUGAUAUUGAUUGUACUGUAACGUUAAGUCCACUGACUCGAGCUAGACAGCCAGGUGGCUAUUUAAUCAAGGAGUUAUUAACACUGAGAAUCCGAGAUCGUGUUAUCCGUUCAAACAUGGAUAAGAAAUCAUUCGACAUCGUCUUAGACGAAAUCAGGAAGUGCGUGCUAACAGAUCAGCGGAUUAAGGCGAUAGAGCAGGUGCACGGGUACUUCUCCAGCGAGCAGGUAAUGGACAUGCUGAAGUACUUCUCCUGGGCAGAUCCUCAGAUCAAAGCUGUCAAAGCUCUUCAACAUAAAAUGGUUGCCAUCCCCACUACCAAAGUGGCCAACAUCCUCAACUGUUUUACCUUCUCUAAGGACCGGCUGGUGGUUCUGGAACUCAUAGCUCUGAACAUCUCUGAUGCCCAGAACUACCGUCCCGUAGAGGACCUGUUCCGUAUUCACCUGUCUGAGAAGAAACGAGCCCGCAGGAUCCUAGAGCAGGUGUGUAAGGUGGGCUGCAAGGCUCCAGUAGCCAUGAUCUCUUCAUGUGGGAUGAUCCCAGGAAACCCUUACCCUAAAGGCAAGCCCAGCCAGACCACUGGCACCUUCCCUGGAACUCCUGCAAAGAAGGAGGGAGAGGAGACCCCUGCCAACACCGAGGGGAAAGGCAUCGCAGCCCGCAUCAUUGGACCAUUCAAACCAUCUCCGUCGUCCUACAACCCUCAGCGGCCGGUACCCUACCCCAUUCCCCCCUGCAGACCUCACGCCACCAUCGCACCGAGUAGGUACAACAACGCAGGGCUGGUAUCAGUGGGCGGGGUCAUAACGACCAGCGUUCUCCCCCCACCCUACAGCGCCAGCACCAAGCCCACAGGCUACGCCAGACCUGCCAAUCAACAACAGCACCCUGUCACAGGUGUCAACUCCACAGCCCUCCCAUCUCCCCUCGGCUCCCCCACAGUCCCUCCCGUGCCCUCCCCCUCUCACCCCACUCCCACCACCCCCAUCACCCCUGUGUUCCCUGGUAAGGUCCCCUCCCAGAACCCUCUAGCCCCCUCUCCCUCCCCCGCCCCCUCUCCCUCCGUCAUCAAAGGGGGUCCCCUCCCAUCGCCCACACCCCUCAGCUACCCCCUGUGGCACCCCAGGUCCCCACCACCCAGGGGCAUUCUCCCCCUCUCCCUUCCAUGCUGGUGCCUCUCGGUCAGACACCCCUACUCCAAGGACCCCCUCCCUGACCCCCUCCCUCAGGGUACCUCCAUGGGCCUUCCGCAGUACAACCCCCAGACAGGCCCUGCCUUCCCUGGCCUGCCCGCUUACCAGACCACCCCGUCUGGGUCGGUGAUCCGCAGCUAUCCUCCCUCCUCCUCCUCGGCCCCCAGCCCCAAGCCCUCCCCAGCCCUGUCCGGCCAGGCCCAAGCAUCCUUCUACAGUGAGCAGCACCGCGGCCCACUGGCUAGAACAGGAGGGGGGACAGGCAGUGGCAGUAACAGCCCAGUCCCCUCUGCCUUUAAAGGCCCUUCACGUGCGGGGACUCCCUCCCUCAGCUCUCUGGUGAUGCCUGGCGGAUCAGCGGCCUUAGCCCGCUCCCUGGGUCUGUCCCACCCCUCUUCUUCUCCCCAGGGCUCCCUACCCAGCCCUGCUGCUAUGGCCAGCCUCCAGGCCCUCUCCUCCAGCCCGGCUCCCCCUCACUACCCCGGCCUCUCCCCCUUCCCCUCCUCCCUGUCCUCCUCUUCACCCUUCCCUCCAUCCUCCUCUCUGUCCUCCAUGACCCCCACCUCCCACCCCCAGACCUCCAUGGCCUACCCAGGCCUGUCUCACAGCGUAGCCACAAGCGGAGCCUCUCCCUUUGGGAUGGGUCUGACCACCACCCCAUCUAUCUUCCCGGGGUUGGUUCCAGGGCCCAGUCCAGGGGGGUUCUCAGGAUUUGGAGGUUCAGGAGGACCUGGGGCGGGGAGCCCCGUCCUGUCUUCCUUCAUGGGUGCCGGGGUGUCCGUAGCAACCGUAGCCCCUCUCCAUUCGGCGGCGGCCGUGGCAGCAGGAGUUCCGUCCUCCUCUCCCGUUCUACCUGGCUUUGCCUCUGCCUUCAGCUCCAACUUCCAGCCUGGGCUGUCUAGUGGCCUCCAGCCUACAGGUGGCGCUGCGUUUCCUGGACUGUUGUCUUUCCCUGGCAUGCCAGGCUUCUCCCCCUCCCCCAGCCAACUACACAACCCUGCCAUGCAGUCAGCCCUGCUACAGGCCCACUCUGCGUCUGUAUUGGAGGGUUAUACCACAUACCCCCCUGGACCUGGCAACCCCUUUCAACCUGGCCUACACCCCUCCCAGCUGGGCUGGCAAUGACCAAAACACUCUCUCACACACACACACUCUCACACUCAGUCGGUGGACUUGGGGUUAACUUGUAUUCCUCAACUCACUACAACCAAGACUGUGUGAUAAAGAAAAGAGACGUUGCAUACUUCUUCUGUUUGAACUUUCACACUCCGUCAAUAUGAACUAAAAUAAGAGGGAGUAGAGAAAGAAAGAUCUGAGGACCAACUACACCACAGACAAAGAAUUGAGUUGAAAAUGGUUUAUUGAAAGCUUUGUUGUCACUGUAAACAGAGUGGACAAUGAUUUACCCAGAGGAUCGUGACUGAGACAAACUUCCCAACAGAGAGACAGAGAGGUCUGUCUGAUGUUCUAUAUGUCUGACUGUAGAUCUAUCUGAUGUUCUAUCUGUCUGACUAGAUCUAUCUGAUGUUCUGUAUGUCUGACUGUAGAUCUAUCUGAUGUUCUAUAUGUCUGACUGUAGAUCUAUCUGAUGUUCUAUCUGUCUGACUGUAGAUCUAUCUGAUGUUCUGUAUGUCUGACUGUAGAUCUAUCUGAUGUUCUGUAUGUCUGACUGUAGAUCUAUCUGAUGUUCUGUAUGUCUGACUGUAGAUCUAUCUAUCUGAUGUUCUAUCUGUCUGACUAGAUCUAUCUGAUGUUCUGUAUGUCUGACUGUAGAUCUAUCUGAUGUUGUGUCUGACUGUAGAUCUAUCUGAUGUUGUGUCUGACUGUAGAUCUAUCUGAUGUUCUAUCUGUCUGACUAGAUCUAUCUGAUGUUCUGUAUGUCUGACUGUAGAUCUAUCUGAUGUUCUAUCUGUCUGACUGUAGAUCUGACUGUAGAUCUAUCUGAUGUUCUAUAUGUCUGACUGUAGAUCUAUCUGAUGUUCUAUAUGUCUGACUGUAGAUCUAUCUAUCUGAUGUUCUAUCUGUCUGACUAGAUCUAUCUGAUGUUCUGUAUGUCUGACUGUAGAUCUAUCUAUCUGAUGUUCUAUCUGUCUGACUAGAUCUAUCUGAUGUUCUGUAUGUCUGACUGUAGAUCUAUCUAUCUGAUGUUCUAUCUGUCUGACUAGAUCUAUCUGAUGUUCUGUCUGACUGUAGAUCUAUCUGAUGUUCUAUCUGUCUGACUGUAGAUCUGACUGUAGAUCUAUCUGAUGUUCUAUAUGUCUGACUGUAGAUCUAUCUGAUGUUGUGUCUGACUGUAGAUCUAUCUGAUGUUCUGUAUGUCUGAAUAGUUUUAUCUGAUGUUCUAUCUGUCUGACUGUAGAUCUAUCUGAUGUUCUGUCUGACUGUAGAUCUAUCUAUCUGAUGUUCUAUCUGUCUGACUGUAGUUCUAUCUGAUGUUCUGUCUGACUGUAGUUCUAUCUGAUGUUCUAUCUGUCUGACUGUUGAUCUAUCUAUCUGAUGUUCUAUCUGUCUGACUGUAGUUAUAUCUGAUGUUCUAUCUGUCUGACUGUUGAUCUAUCUAUCUGAUGUUCUAUCUGUCUGUCUGACUGUAUAUCUAUCUGACUGUAAACAAUGGUUUACAAUGUGACAAUGGUUUAUGAUUUUAUACCUGGUUCUGUGUUUCAAAUAGUACCCUAUUCCCUAUAUAGUCCACUAUUAUUAUAUAGUCCCCUAUUCCCUAUGUCGUCCACUAUUAUAUAGUCCACUAUUAUUAUAUAGUAGCCUAUUCCCUAUGUAGUCCACUAUUAUUAUAUAGUAGCCUAUUCCCUAUGUAGUCCACUAUUAUUAUAUAGUCCCCUAUUCCCUAUGUAGUCCACUAUUAUUAUAUAGUCCCCUAUUACAUAGUCCACUAUUAUUAUAUAGUCCCCUAUUCCCUAUGUAGUCCACUAUUAUUAUAUAGUCCCCUAUUCCCUAUGUAGUCCACUAUUAGUAUAUAGUCCCCUAUUCCCUAUGUAGUCCACUAUUAUUAUAUAGUCCCCUAUUACAUAGUCCACUAUUAUUAUAUAGUCCCCUAUUCCCUAUGUCGUCCACUAUUAUAUAGUCCACUAUUAUUAUAUAUUCCCCUAUUCCCUAUGUAGUCCACUAUUAUUAUAUAGUAGCCUAUUCCCUAUGUUGUCCACUAUUAUUAUAUAGUCCCCUAUUACAUAGUCCACUAUUAUUAUAUAGUCCCCUAUUCCCUAUGUAGUCCACUAUUAUUAUAUAGUAGCCUAUUCCCUGUGUAGUCCACUAUUAUUAUAUAGUAGCCUAUUCCCUGUGUAGUCCACUAUUAUUAUAUAGUAGCCUAUUCCCUAUGUAGUCCACUAUUAUUAUAUAGUCCCCUAUUACAUAGUCCACUAUUAUUAUAUAGUCCCCUAUUCCCUAUGUAGUCCACUAUUAUUAUAUAGUAGCCUAUUCCCUGGGUAGUCCACUAUUAUUAUAUAGUAGCCUAUUCCCUGUGUAGUCCCAUAUUAUAUAGUCUCCUAUUCCCUAUAUAGUCCACAAUUAUUAUAUAGUCCCCUAUUCCCUAUAUCGUCCACUAUUAUAUAGUCCACUAUUAUUAUAUAGUAGCCUAUUCCUUAUGUAGUCCACUAUUAUAUAGUCCACUAUUAUAUAGUCCACUAGUAUUAUAUAGUCCCCUACUCCCUAUGUAUUCCACUAUUAUAUAGUCCCCUACUCCCUAUGUAGUCCACUAUUAUUAUAUAGUACCCUAUUCCCUAUGUAGUCCACUAUUAUAUAGUCCCCUACUCCCUAUGUAUUCCACUAUUAUAUAGUCCCCUACUCCCUAUGUAGUCCACUAUUAUAUAGUCCACUGUAUAGGGACUAAGGUGCCGUUAGGGACUCAGUCUGGAUAUUUAACAAUGGCUGCUCAUGCUGACUCAUCAGAACUAUACUAGACGUCUUCAUGUGAGGAACAUUAUGCAUUCUGUUUAGAUGACCAGGAUACCAGGUGAAACAUUCUGUUUAGAUGACCAGGAUACCAGGUGAAACAUUAUGUUUAGAUGAGCAGGAUACCAGGUGAAACAUUAUGUUUAGAUGACCAGGAUACCAGGUGAAACAUUUGCCUGAAGACUCAAACUGAAUUCUCCCUCUAUGUUCUCUACACACUUCAGUCUGAGACUGCCGUAAUUGAUUUAGUUUGUGCUGACAAAACGAUAAUCAAGCGAUUUGGAUUGUUUUUAAACCUAUCAGAACAUCAAAGCCAAUGACACGUUUUCAAAACGCCGUUUUACCCACGUGUGUUCUGGCUCUGGGCCCAACCCAUCGGUUUCUGGACCAAUCAGUACAAUUAGAGUGUUUUUCCAUUCUAGAACUUGUCGGAGAGGGAGUCAGACCCAGACGAUGAGUCUGCGUAGCCAGACAACUGGAAAAGGAUACGUGUUCCAUGUGGAUUAAUACAGGUAUACACACACGCUCUCUCACUGGACAGUUUAUUAGGCACACCCAUCUAGUACUGGGUCAGACCCCCACCCGACCCCACUUUGCCUCCAGAACAGCCUGAAUUCUUCGGGGGAAUUCUACAAGGUGUCGGAGACUUUCCGCAGAGAUGUUGGUCCAUUCUGACAUGAUGGCAGCACGCAGUUUGCUGCAGAUGCUCCAUCUCAUCCCGAAGAUGCUCCGUUGGGUUGAGGUCUAGUUCUGCACACCACCGAGGUACUGCGCUGUUCUUUUUCCUGUUUUGUGGGACCGCCUGUUCCCUCGCACGAUUCUUUCCCUUGUUCUCGGACGAGCUGUUUUCACCCACAGGACUGCCGCUCACUGGAUGUUUGUCGAGGCGUUUUUCGGUAAACCCUAGACACUGUCGUGUGUGUGAAGCCCGGUUAAGGCGGCCGACGAUCGUACCACGCUCAAAGGGUCGCUUAGGUCAAUCGUUUUUGUCCCUUCUAACGUUCAAUGGAACAGUAACUGAAUGCCUUGAUGCCUGUCUGCCUGCUUUAUAUAACAAGCCACGGUCACGUGACUCACUGUCUGUAGGAGGGAACCAUUUAUUUUGUGAACGUGGGUGGUGUACCUAAUAAACUGUCUAGUGAGUGUUUACCUCAUCCCAUUAGUGAGUACAGUAAACACAUGUUAUAUAUGUGUGUAUUUUACUCCUGUUAUUCGGUUGACCAGGCUGUGCUGUAAGGUCAAAGGUUGACGUGUGCGGACCAUGCUCAGUGAUGAAGUUUCCCCUAGGUUCAGAUCUAGGGUCAGUUUCCCCUAGGUUCAGAUCUAGGGUCAGUCUAGGUUCAGAUCUAGGGUCAGUUUCCCCUAGGUUCCGAUCUAGGGUCAGUUUCCCCUAGGUACAGAUCUAGGAUCAGUUUCCCCUAGGUUCAGAUCUAGGGUCAGUUUCCCCAAGGUAAAGAUCUAGGGUCAGUCUAGGUUCAGAUCUAGGGUCAGUCUAGGUACAGAUCUAGGGUCAGUCUAGGUACAGAUCUAGGAUCAGUUUCCCCUAGGUACAGAUCUAGGGUCAGUCUAGGUACAGAUCUAUGGUCAGUUUCCCCUAGGUUCAGAUCUAUGGUCAGUUUCCCCUAGGUUCAGAUCUAGGGUCAGUUUCCCCUAGGUAAAGAUCUAGGGUCAGUUUCCCCUAGGUACAGAUCUAGGAUCAGUUUCCCCUAGGUACAGAUCUAGGGUCAGUCUAGGUACAGAUCUAUGGUCAGUUUCCCCUAGGUUCAGAUCUAUGGUCAGUUUCCCCUAGGUUCAGAUCUAGGGUCAGUUUCCCCUAGGUAAAGAUCUAGGGUCAGUUUCCCCUAGGUAAAGAUCUAGGGUCAGUUUCCCCUAGGUAAAGAUCUAGGGUCAGUCUAGGUUCAAAUCUAGGGUCGGUCUAGGUUCAGAUCUAGGGUCAGUUUAGGUACAGAUCUAGGGUCAGUAUAGGUUCAGAUCUAGGUACAGAUCUAGGAUCAGUUUCCCCUAGGUUCAGAUCUAGGGU